UUAGCUCCCACUAACAGCAGCCCUCUCUAUGCUCCCCCUCCCCACAAUCCUCCCCCUGGUCUCUCCACCCCUGCACGUCCUGUGGACAGCAUAUGCGAGAGGCUGCAGAGCGGAGGCAGCAGCUAGAAUUGGAGCAUGAGCAGGCCUUGGCUGUACUCAAUGCAAAGCAGCAGGAGAUUGACCUUCUACAGGAGGCUCAGGUUGAGGCUAAAAAGGAACAUGAAGGCGCUGUCCAUCUGUUAGAGGCCAAAGUCCGCGAGCUGGAGGAGAAAUGUCGGAGUCAGAGUGAGCAGUUCAACCUCCUGUCAAAAGAGCUGGAGAAGUUCCGGCUCCAGGCUGGGAAGUUUGACAUCCUCAGCACGGAACCUUUAACUCUAUGUGAAUCUCCUGGGUCGCCCAAUAAAUCUUUGUCUCAGCUCCUCAAUGGAUUGGCUGCCCCCCUAGGAAAAGGCAAUGAAGCUCCAUCAAGCAGAUCUUUGAUAUCGGAGUUCAUUCGACCGCUCCAGAUCAGUGGAGACAAGCCCGAGCUCCUCUCCGUCAAGCCAACAUUCCUCACACGCGGUCGAGCCAGCAGCCCGGCACAGGCCUUCCUCUCUGAGAUGGACAAAGAGCUGAGCUCAACCACCAGGUCCAAACCAAGAUUCACUGGGAAGGUUCGUCUGUGUAUUGCUCGGUACAGUUACAAUCCUUAUGAUGGGCCUAAUGAGCAUCCUGAGGCAGAGCUCCCCCUGGUGGCAGGGAAGUACCUCUACGUUUACGGGACAAUGGAUGACGAUGGCUUUUAUGAAGGAGAGCUGCUGGAUGGACAGCGGGGCCUCGUCCCAUCCAACUUUGUAGAUUUUGUCCAAGAUGAGGAGACCUCGUCUGUCCAGCAAAGGGGCACAGUGGCUAAACAACCUGGCUACCUCAACCACAGUAGCCUGGGAACUCAGAGACUGGGGGUCGGCACAGGAACAGGAACAAGCAUUAGCAGCCUGCUGUCUGACAGUAAACUAGACUGUCUAAGUUCAAGCAGCUUGGGCAUUGACCUCAUGGGUUCUUCCAGCAAUGGAACGGGAACGCUGGAUGUCAGCAUUGACGAGAUCGGUGAAGACAUUGUGCCUUAUCCCCGCCGCAUCAACCUGAUUAAACAACUGGCCAAGAGUGUAAUUAUUGGUUGGGACCCCCCUGUGGUUCCACCAGGUUGGGGUUCCAUCAGAGGCUACAAUGUCUUGGUGGAUAAGGAGGUGCGCAUGAGUGUCCCCUACGGGGGCAGGACAAAGUCUCUUAUUGAAAAGCUCAAUUUGACUACCAACACUUACCGUAUCUCAGUGCAGAGCAUCACUGACCGGGGCCCGUCGGAUGAGCUCCGGUGCACUCAGCUCGUGGGAAAGGAUGUGGUGGUGGCACCUUAUUACUUGCGGGUGGACAGCAUCACGCAGGUCUCUGCUGAGCUCUCCUGGAUGCCGAGCAACAGCAACUAUAGUCACACCAUCUUCCUCAACGGUGCAGAGUACGACAUGGUCAAGGCUGGGGGCUACAAGUACAAGUUCUUCAACCUGAAGUCCAUGACAGUUUACAAGGUGAAAGUUGCGGCGCAGCCACAUCAGGUGCCUUGGCAGCUUCAAAUGGAUCAAAGGGAGAAGAGGGAAAUCUCGGUGGAGUUCUGCACUCAGCCUUCAGAGAGUGUGUUAUGCUCCUCAGGGCCCCCUCUACCUCCCCAGGAGGUGCAUGUUCAAUGUGGUCAGACGCCUGGGUUCCUGCAGGUCAGAUGGAAGCCGCCACCUCUGUCGCCUUCAGGAACCUCCAACGGAGCCAGUGUGAUUGGCUAUGUUGUGUGGACAAAGGGAGAAAAGAUCGCAGAAGUCUUGUACCCAACAGCAGAUUAUGUGACCGUGGAGUUAAACAGGAUUCAGGGUCUAGAGGCCAGAGAAAUCAUUGUAAGGACGUUAUCAACACAAGGAGAGUCCCAGGACUCUCCUGUGGCCGUCAUCCCACACAAUCUCUUGGGCUCUCCACGCCUCUCCCACCGAACCAUGGCACCCCCUCCCCCUAUGCCUCACCUGCAGUCCCAUCCAGCGCACUCACAAACCCAUCCUCCUUACCCGUCAACUUAUCCCCCGAAUCACCCUCAGCCCCAGAUGCAGCCUCUGUCUCGACCGCAGCCCCACACGCUGCCCCACACACAGUCGCACUCGGAGCCUGACCAUCAUCCUCCUCCUCCUCCUCAACCCCAGCCUCAUUUCCAGCGCCACCCAAUGCCCAAGUCCAAGCCGUUAGUAAGUGCCAGAGAGCCAGAAACCAAAGAGCACGGGGUGGGCCCCCGGCCAUCCCAGUCCUGGGAGCGCUCCUCCUCUCCACUUCCAACCAUGCGCGGCCACAACCUAGAACCGCCCCAAUUUCAGCCACGGCGAUCGCCCUCUCCUCAGAGGAUCCUUCCGCAGCCUCAGGGAGUCCCCAUCACCAACACCAUCGCCAAGGCCAUGGCCAGGGAAGCUGCCCAGAGAGUGUUUGCCGAGGGGAACAGGAUUGAGAAAAGGAAUAUCUUUAGUGAACGAGGUAACACGUUGCAUCCACUCAACUCUGACGAGGAGGAGGAUGGAUACGACUCUCCUCAUGCAAGGAGGAGAGGAGCCUCGGUGGAUGAAUUCCUCAGAGGCUCCGAGAUGCGCGGACAGCAACAUCAUCACCACUACAGCCACAGUGAGGAGUACCAAACAGAGAGCAGCCGGGGUUCUGACCUGUCCGACAUUAUGGAGGAGGACGAGGAAGACCUGUACUCUGAGAUGCAACUGGAGGAAGGCCGCAGGCGCAGUAUCAACUCUCACAACACUCUUAAGAUCAUUGGGAACUCAGCGUCACACGGAAACGAUGAUCGUCUGGACCACUCGGGGAGGAGGCCGGUUCACAUCGGCACCCCCCCUCAGCGACGACCCAUCCCAUCCAUUGACGGCUAUGGCGGUCGCAGGCACGGGCGGGGACGGCGUUCCCUGGACUACUAUGAGGAGUCGGAGCCGGAGGAGAUGACCCGUGUGUUCGUGGCGCUGUUUGACUAUGAUCCGCUGUCCAUGUCUCCCAACCCUGAUGCUGCUGAUGAGGAGCUGCCGUUCAAGGAGGGCCAGAUUAUCAAGGUGUUUGGGCAUAAAGAUACAGACGGCUUCUACAGGGCGGCAAUCCGAGAACGAGUGGGUCUGAUCCCCUGUAACAUGGUCUCUGAGAUCCAAACGGAGGAUUACGACAUGAUGGACCAGCUCCUCAAACAGGGCUUCCUGCCUCUCAACACUCCUGUGGAGAAGUUAGAGAGGAAUAGGCGGAGCGGCCGUCAGCAUCCAAUGUCGACACGAAGAAUGGUCGCUCUGUAUGAUUAUGACCCCAGAGAGAGCUCCCCUAACGUUGAUGUAGAGUAUGAGGGCAACAGACUGAAUGAGGAGGCUGAACUGACUUUCUGUGCCGGUGAUGUCAUCAUGGUCUUUGGUGAAAUAGAUGAGGAUGGCUUUUACUAUGGCGAGCUCAAUGGACACAAGGGACUCGUUCCUUCCAACUUUCUAGAAGAAGUGCCUGACGAUGUAGAGGUUUUUCUCACUGACUCAUCGUCUCGAUACCCCCAGGACAAUCCAGCUCGGAUAAAGACCAAAAGGGUUCCAUUGGACAAAUCGGGUCCGCCCAGAAGAGCAGCCUCUCCCACGGUGCGUCCAUGCGCCCUGGACUGGGGCCCGGCCGCCGCGGGGCCUGGCCGGCCCAUCGGGGCCCCACUGGACUUGUACUCCUCCAAAAAGAAAAAGGGACUGAUCUCCAAAGGGAAGAAACUAUUAGGAAGACUUGGCUCUGUAAAAUAAUUUCUUAAGUGUCAAACACUCCUUCAUCGUUUUUGCAAAAAAAAAAAAGACAUGAAAGCACCACAGUGGACAAGACAAGUUGCAUUUGUGAGCUGAGCAAAUGCUUUAUUCUUGUACAUCUGUUGUAUACUAGAAUAUUUGUAUUUUGUUAACAUCACAGCAUCAACGACAUAUUUUCAACAACACAUUUCAUACUAAGGUCCUGAGACCUCAGCAGUGCUCGCCGUCUUACCUCCAAAGUCUCAGGAGGGCCCCAUGCAGUUUUCAGAGCCUGAUGAGCCCUCACACGUGGUGAGGCCUGUGUCUCUGCUCAGAAAUCUGAAUUUCACUCAAGGGCUCGCUCUGGGAUCCCGUUAAGAAUCUGAGGGAGCCGGCUGUUUGUGUAACGUACGACAGGUCCACACGCUUUGACUUCAGCACGUCCCGCCCCCCCCCAAGCGCGCGCGUGACGUGACGGGCUCGGAGUGGAACCUGGAGAACGAUGUGACAUUUACUGUGAAAAAUCACCUGAAUUAAAUCCCACUCAUCUUCUGCCUCCAUCUCAGAAGGGAAUAGUGUACAGUGACCCCCCCCCUCCCAAAACAAAAUGUCAGAAACCAUGGAAACAAGCACACGUGUUCCUACUUCAGGGUCUCUGCAGUAAAACGAGCCUGGAUGGAAAUUCCUAGUGGAUCCAACCUUAAUGUGUUUGCCUUAUUAUCGCACAAUGUUUAGUAGUUUGUCCAGAAGAGUGUGAAGCUUAAUGCUUCUAUUUACAGGCGGGUGACAAAUUAAAGGAAACCCCUUCAGAAUGUCCCCCAUCCAUACCACACCACACCAGGACUCACUUCUGCAAACAUAGCCCAAACAAUUUAAAUUUUUUGGGGGGGGCCUUUUGUUAACAUGAGGUAGUACAAAAAUUAUAAUAUUGGCCGAUACAUAUUUAUUUCAAAAGGCAAAUAUUCCUAAGAUUCAUGCAAUUGUGGCUCCAUGUUUCACAGAUGAACCUUUAACCUCAUUAGAGCCAUAAACAAAGAAAACUUGUUACUACUAUGUAGAACUUCAAAACCUGAAUUUUGUAAGUAAAAUGUCAACACAUACGUGCACAUCCUGCAUUGUUCAUUCUGUAAAAUAUAAGUUUUAAUAUCAGCCAACAGAAUAACAGGCACUGAUCUCUGUAAGAGGCUCUAUGUGAAAACAAUGACAUGUCACAUGUUGUGGCCUCUGCAGUCACCAGAUCUGUUGGUAGAUUUUGGGCCGAUUCCUUUCCAAGUGUUGUAUGAGCAGUGUUAAAUGGUAAAUAUACUAUAUUUAUACAAGGCUCUCGCAUCGACCAAAUUUAACAGUCAAGUUCAUGAACUCAAGACCGCUUCUGUUCACCACCAAUGACCUUUUAGAGGAUGACCUUCUCUACCGCCCGAGCCACAGCCCCUCAGAGACCUGUAACAUCUGGUCCUACACCUUCACCCUUAUUCCUUUCAUUUGUCACCUGUACGUGGUCAUGUUGUAACAUCUGACUGCAGCUGUCUGUCGACCUGGGACGUGCAGGGCACAAUAGGUCUGUGGUGAUGUCCACUGGGCCAGAGAUAACACGUAACCAGCCCAUCACUCAUAACUGUGCCCCAAAAAGAAAAUAUUUUAUUUUCAAAAAUAUUCCCUGAAAACUAGAUCAUUGACAAACUCGACCUGCAAAACCAAAUUCUGGGGUUACUGAUGAAAAAGAAAGUUGUUGGUGCCACACUGAUUAAAAACAGUGACUACAAUGUAAACUGUUACACAAACAGAUGGGAGACUAAAUAUUAUCCGAACUUUUCUAGAACAUCAGCUAAUGACCGGUUUGUUGAUCUGCACUGGUUUCAUGACGUGCACUUGUGGGCUACAGUCGGAGACAGUGUGACGUCUUUCAGUCGAUCACAGUGAGACACAAGGCUACCUCCGCCCCUGACCCCACCUCUUACAUCUCUAACAUUUCUUCUAACCAGUCUGUCAGCGAUGCCUGUUCCAGUGUCCCCAGUUCUGUUGGUGCAGGAUACAAGUACUGUAUAUCUAUAUAUAUAUAAAAAAUAUACAUAUAUAUAUAUAUCUCUACACCGUAGAGUAGUGAAUGUAUGAUGAAUUGAAAGCCAAUGUAUGUUCAAAGCUGUCCAAAAACGAUUGUGCAGGUGUCAGUCUUUGUGCGUGAAAUCAAAGGUCAAACUUUAUCUCCUCAUUGUUUUUUCCACUUCAUCGUCACGUGUAUUUUCAAAUCGAGCCUAUAUUUUCUAUAACACAGGAGUUGAAACUGAAACUGCCAAAAAAGAAUGUAUGCAAAACAUUCUGAUACUUUCUGUACUGAAGAUUUUCAGCCAUGUUGACCUAAGGUGACCUGAUGUACGUUUUCCUAUUGACGGACCUCGUCCUCA